GCCUCCACCCGGAGACCGUUAUCUGCAACAGCUCCGUCAGAGGCCCUUAAGCAUGCUGAUCCAGUUCAUCUACCCAAGGACUUUUUUGUUGAUCCCUCUGAGACGGGAGGUGGCAAGACUGCAAAGAAACGCCUGGCAUCAUCUGAGUGUGGAAAUCUGCUCCUGUGUGCACCACCGUCAUUGGUCCCGGAAAUCGUUCCGCGAGUUGGCCUGCCCCCUGCCAAAAAUCUGCGACUUCCUCCGGCCUCGCCACCUAAAGACCAUGGUGAGUUUUCCCACUUCCCCCUAA